AGACCCGAGCCACUGCCUCGUCUUGCUUUUCGUCUGGGCUCCGGACUUCGUCCUUCCGGCUUCCGUCCUUCGUGCUUCCGGCUUCUGCCCGCUUCCCUCCGGCUUCCGCCCGCUUCCUUCCGACUUCCGCCCGCUUCCUUCUGGCCUCCAUCCGCCGUCCUUCCGGCUUCCGUCCGCCUUCCUUCCGGCUUCUGCCCGCUUCCUUCCGGCUUCCGCCCGCUUCUCUGCCGGCCCCAAGGCGGGUCAUGGCCCAGGUGCCCCCCAGGCGGCGGCGAGCUCCGGUCGGGUCCUCUGGCGGGGCUGCCCCCUCCGCGCCGGCCUCGGCGCGCUUCCCCGGCGUCGCCAUCUACCUGGCAGAGCCACGUAUGGGCCGCAGUCGUCGGGCUUUCCUCACCCGCCUGGCGCGCUCCAAAGGCUUCAGCGUCCUGGACGCCUACAGCCCUGAGGUGACGCAUGUGGUGAUGGAGCAGACCUCUGCGGCCGAAGCAGCUGCUUGGCAGGAGCGCAAGGCAGCCUCAGCUCCCGCGGGGUGGACCCGCCCUGUCCUGCUGGACGUGAGCUGGUUCACCGAGAGCAUGGCAGUCGGGCAGCCGGUGCCCAUGGAGCGCCGGCACCACCUGGAGGUGGCUGAGCCCAGGAAGAGGGCUCCAAGCCCAGCCCGGAUGCUACCCUAUGCCUGCCAGCGCCCCACGCCCCUCACUCACCACAAUGCCAGCCUCUCAGAAGCUCUGGAGACACUGGCAGAGGCGGCAGGCUUUGAGGGCAGUGAGGGCCGCCUCCUCUCCUUCUGCCGGGCUGCCUCGGUGCUCAAGGCCCUGCCCAGCCCCGUCACAACCCUGAGCCAGCUGCAGGGCCUUCCCCACUUUGGAAACCACUCCUCCAGGGUCGUCCAGGAGAUGCUGGAGCACGGAGCAUGCAAGGAGGUGGAGAGAGUGCGGCGCUCGGAGAGAUACCAGACCAUGAAGCUCUUCACUCAGAUCUUUGGGGUUGGAGUGAAGACUGCUGACCAGUGGUACCGGGAGGGGCUGCGAACCCUGGAUGACCUGCGAGAGCAGCCCCAGAAGCUGACCCAGCAGCAGAAAGCAGGUGGAGGUAGGCUCUGGAGAGUGAGGAGGCCGGUGUCUGCAGGGCUGCAGCACCAUGAGGACCUGGCUGUCCCAGUGCAGCAGGAGGAGGCCCAGGCCCUGCAGCGGCUGGUGGAGGCGGCUGUGGGGCAAGCCCUGCCCGGCGCCACUGUCACGCUCACCGGUGGCUUUCGGAGGGGGAAGUUGCAGGGCCACGACGUGGACUUCCUGCUCACUCACCCCCAGGAAGGCCGGGAGGCAGGGCUGCUGCCCAGGGUGAUGCACCACCUGCAGAACCAGGGCCUGGUGCUGUACCACCUCCACCAGCAUAGCCACUUGGGGGACUCCACCUACAAGGCCCAGCAGAGCCACACCAUGGACUGCUUUGAGAGGAAUUUCUGCAUUUUCCGCUUGCCGCUCCCCCCUGAGGCUGCUGUUGGGGGGCUCCAGAGACCCUGCCAGACCUGGAAGGCUGUGAGGGUAGACCUGGUGGUCACCCCCAUCAGCCAGUUCCCCUUUGCCCUCCUUGGCUGGACCGGCUCCAAGCAUUUUGAGCGGGAGCUGCGCCGCUUCAGCCGGAGGGAGAAGGGGCUGUGUCUGAGCAGCCAUUCACUGUUUGACCUCCAGCAGGAGAAGUUCCUCCCGGCAGCUUCAGAGGAAGACAUCUUCAGACACCUGGGCCUCAAAUACCUUCCCCCGGAGCAGAGGAAUGCCUGACCCUGCCCACUGGCCUUCACCCACUGCCUGCCCUCUUCUCGGGAAAUGGGGGCGCAGGUCAGGGAGCCACCCCCUCCGGACGCCUUGGCUGCUGAGGGUCUCCAGGCAGAUGAUGUGCUGCUGUCCCUGUGUCCCCACCCC